AUGGAAUCACGUCAAUCCACUCAAGAAGCCGCAUCUGCAGGAAGUCCAGUUCGCUGGACCGAUGCCGUCUGGGCCGUGAUUAUCCAGUACACUCAAAACACGACCCUACAUGGCUACCGGUACCUCACCGAGAAACGGAGACACUGGAUGGAAAGGCUCCUAUGGGCGGUCGUGCAAGUGGCGGCGGGCGUGUGGUGCGCCCGCUACAUCCUGGCCGUGUACCGCGACUACCAGGACACGCCGACCGCCACCACCGUCGAGUCCACCACGCACCCCAUCUGGAGCGUCCCCUUCCCCGCGCUCGCCGUCUGCAACAUCAACAGGAUUAGCCGGGCUGCCGUUGCCGCAAUGGCUGCCAAUAUGAGCGCCGCCACCGGGCUGGAUGCUGGGCGGCUGGAGCGUCUGCUGCCGCUGCUGGGCCGCCUGCACGAGACGCAGCCCGGGGACCCGCGCCACCCGGACCCCCGCCUGCGGGAGCUGCACGGCGCGCUCGAGCUGGCCGCCCAGCGAGCCACGGCCGCGGCUGGCGAAGCGCCCUACCACGUCACACACCUCAUGCGUCAGUUGACGCCGAAGUGCGAGCAGAUGAUGGUGCGCUGCAGCUGGCUGGGCCACACGCGGCCCUGCGGGGAGCUGUUCAAGCUGCGCAAGACGUGCGACGGCUACUGCUGCAUCUUCAACUACCGGCGCACGAGGGACCACUUCGGGAAGGGGACGGCGCGGAUACGAAAGGUACUACGUGUGAACGCAACGGGGCCUUACAUGGGUCUCACGGUGCUGGUCGACACCAUGACGCAUGAUUACGUAUACCCACUCAUCGCCUCCCAUGGCCUCAAGCUGCUGUUGUUCAAGCCCGGCGACUUCGCGGACGCGUCGAGCGGCGGCCUGGUGGAGAAGCUACUGGGACCGCGCCGAGAGUUCUUUAUCCGGCUGUCCGCGCAGACCGUGGACGCCACGAGCGAGGUGCGCUCCUUCAGCCCUCAGAAGCGCCGCUGCCUCUUCGAGGAUGAGCUGCAGGAACGCCUGGGGAUGGACUACUCGCAGAGCGACUGCCUCGUCAGCUGCCGCAUCAGGUCCAUCACCACGCUGUGCCGCUGUCGGCCGUUCUACCUGCCGGACACAGGGGAAACACGUGUGUGCAACUUGCAAGAUAUCGACUGCCUCACGAAAUAUGAAGAGAAGUGGGCAACGCCGCGGCCGCCAGACGGCAUCCCCGGGCUGGAGCUGGAGCGCGAGGAGUCCAUCGACUGCCCUGAGUGCCUGCCCUCGUGCAGCGACGUCCACUACACCAUCAGGGCCAACUCCGCGCCCUUCGCGCCACUCAACGGGCUCGACACUUCACACCCACUCCUCGACGGCGUGGAACUGGGCAACCACAGCAUCAUCAACUUGUAUUUCGAACGCGCCGACUCCGUCCUUCUGCGUCAAGAUGUCCUUUACUACUGGUACGACCUACUGAGUAACUUUGGUGGCGUGUGCGGGCUGUUCGUGGGGGCGAGCCUGGUGAGCAGCGUGGAGCUGGUGUACUUCGCGACUGUCCGCCUGGGCCAGGCGCUGAUGGGCGGCCAGAGUGACAGGGCAGCUGAAGCGCCGAUUCAUCAGCCUCAGCCGCGCAGCGUCUUACCAGCCGACACCGUGAGAUGGCAGCAGGCGCGCCGAAGCGUCCGUGGACGCCUCUACUGGCGCGAGUUCAAACCAUCCUGA